AACAUUAUUUUUCACCGAGUUAUGUGGGCUCUUUUGGAGUUUUUGUUGUCUUGGUCAGAGUUUUCACAGAGAAAACAGGAAAGCAAGAAACUUCUCCUCCCUUCCCACCCGCUCUCUCUCCUUUUAUUUUCCUCCUUGUCUUUCUUGUUUCUCUCUCUCUCUACCUCUCCUCUUCUUUAUUAUUUCCUCCCCAACUCUCUCUUCCUUUUCCUUACCCAUCUCCUCCUGCCCCUCUUUCUCUAUCUCCCCCCCCCCCGGCCCCUCCUGUAAUUCUUGGUUUUUGGGUUCUGGGUUGCUUUACUUUUAUCUCCCUGUGAUCUGAUGAAGAAGAUGAAGGGGGUUGUUUCUGAUGCUAUGGAGGACCAGAGGAACAGGUUCAAGCACCAGAGUCUCAUGCAGGACUAUGAGGAGCUGCAGAAGGAUGCAGAUGCUACGAAGAAAAAAUUGCAGAUAAUGAAACAGAAAAAGUCUAUGCUCGUAGCUGAAGUAAGGUUUUUGAGGAGAAGAUAUAAAUACUUAAUAGGGAACCCGUCAAUGAACCCUCGACCAAAGCAAGAUGUUGUGCAAACACACAAUUUAGAAUCCCAGCGCGUCACCUAUUUGAAGGGAAAGAGUUCCAGCAAGAAGGAAUCUGCUUCACGGUACCCUCUUCCUGCAUUAGACUUGAACAAAAAGGAAAAGGUUAAACAUGGAAUGGAAGACAUUGUGCAGAAACCUCCUCCAAAAUUUGGAUUAAACCUUAAUGCAAGGGCACUUGGCGGAAAGGAAGCUACUUUGCGAACCCCCACUCCAAACUUGACUAGAGAGGACGAGGAGGAAUUUCAAGCCAAUUAUGAGCCAAUGAGGAUAAAGGAGCCCAACAAAAGUUUACGCAGAGUGGGAAAUGACGAGCAGCACAAUGACAUGAAGUUACUGGCUUGCAGGACUAUAGGGAAUGGGUCAAAUCGAUCGGGGAAGAGGAAGAUUACUUGGCAAGAUCAGGUGGCUUUACGGGUUUGAUUUUACUUUUCUUCGAGUAUUACCAUUGAAGAUCAUAUAUCUUGUCGGGGUUGGAAAGAGUAACACCUCAGUUACUGUGUUUCUUUGAUUUUCUUCUUUGUAAAGUUGUCAUGGUCUUACAUAUCGAGUGUAUACAGUUGAAAUGAAAUGGUUUAGGAUUAUUCA